AUGCAAAUUUACAUCACAAGUUUAGAUAAGAUUUUUGUUUUGUUCUAUGAAAUGUAUUUUGUUAAGGGAGCAAAUAAGGAUCUUAUGACACAAAAGAUGACCACCCUAAUCUUGACCAUUGUGGUUUUUAUUUGCAACAUGACGGGUAAAAUUGAAUGCCAAGGAAAUAUCAAAGCAUUCAAUUCGAUGGAAAUGUCAGAAAAAUCAAGUAAACCUUGCGAUAUGCUCAGCAGACAGUACAAUAUACGAAAUCCCCGCCAUAUGACAAAGGUACAGCUACCAGCCCAGUCAUUAACGACAGGAAACUACACACCUUGGAUUGCUUAUAGAGGUUGUUAUCAGAUUUCGACAUUACCAAAAACAACAAAUGAAUUGCUUAUAAACAACAACACGGUGGGAAAUUGUUAUCGGGAAUGUAAAAUCAAAGUCAUGAAAAAUAAUUCAUGUGGGAAUAUCACAGAUGUUCUGUUUGGAUUACAAAAUUCCACCUGUUUCUGUUUUUUCAACGCACCAGUUCGUAGUGACCUUAACCAUAGUAGCAGAUGUAACAUGUCCUGUUCACCUUCUUCUUUCGAGGACGGUGAAUGUGGCGGUCAGGGUCACUUCAGUGCUUACGAAGAAUAUAACCCUCAGGGAGGACCAUUAGCAGGAUUGUGUUUGAUUUGUUCGAAAAGCAGUUCUAAUACUAUAACAAUUGGCGGAACCGAAUGUGAUACAAAUGCAACAGGAGUUUGUGGUACUACAAAUGUUUUCUGA